AUGACAACCGCCAACUCCAACUAUCGCGACGAAUUCAAGUCUGUUAUUCAAAAAUUGAUUGAUUCUCCGGACAACCAACAUGAGCAACUAACUAAUUUCAUUGGAAACGAAUUUGUGGAAUCUGAGAAAUGCAUGGAUUCUGUGAAUCCGGCUACUGGAAAACCAUGGAUUAAAAUUCCAAAUGGAACUGCUGCAGAGUUGGAUAAUGCAGUGGCAGCCGCCAAAGAAGCAUUUAAAACCUGGAAAAACACAACUGUGCAACAACGAUCGGCGCUUCUCAACAAAGUGGCGAACCUUGUAGAAGAAUUCAAUGAUGAAAUUGCUAUUCUGGAGAGUCGUGAUCAAGGAAAACCAAUUGGACUCGCUAAAGUUAUGGACAUCCCUCGCUGCGUUCAAAAUUUCCGUGAUUUCGCAAAUGCCGCUCUCUACUCCCUGUCCACUUCAAAAAUCCUGGAGCAGCCAACUGGAAAAUGUGUGAACUAUGUGAAACAUGACCCUGUUGGUGUCGCUGGUUUGAUCAGUCCAUGGAAUCUUCCUUUGUACUUGUUGUCCUUCAAACUUGCUCCUGCACUGGUUGCUGGAAAUACAGUUGUUUGUAAACCAAGUGAAAUGACAAGUGUUACCGCGUGGGUACUUAUGCAUGCGUUCAAACUAGUUGGAUUUCCGGCAGGAGUUGUUAAUAUGGUCAUUGGAGAAGGGAGAUCUGCAGGACAACGUUUGGUAGAUCACCCAGAUGUUCAUUUGAUUAGUUUCACUGGUAGCACUUUGAUUGGAAAGAAAAUCCAAGAGGAUAGUGCUAAAAUGAACAAAAAAGUGUCGCUCGAAAUGGGAGGAAAAAAUCCAGGAAUCGUCUAUUCCAAUUAUAGAAAAUCGGAUAUUGCGACAAUCGCAAGAAGUUCAUUCCUGAAUCAAGGAGAGAUUUGUCUCUGCACCAGUCGACUCUUUGUUCAGAGACCAAUUCUCGAAGAUUUCUUGACCAGUUAUGUGGAAGAAGCUAAGAAAUAUACUGUUGGUGACCCUACUUCACAAGUUCAAAUUGGAGCGAUGAAUUCUAAAGUACACUUUGAAAAAGUGAAGAAAUACAUUGACAUCGCAAAAUCAGAAGGAGGAACAAUUCUUUGUGGAGGAGUUAAAGAAAUUUCCAAUGGAUGUAAAGAUGGUUAUUUCAUCGCUCCAACUGUUAUCGUUGGUUUGCCAGACUCCUCUCAAGUUAUGACCGACGAAAUUUUCGGCCCAGUGGUGUGCAUCACGCCUUUUGACACAGCGGAAGAAGUGAUUGAGAGAGCAAACUCCACGAGUUAUGGAUUGUCAGCAACUGUAUGGAGUGCAAACACGGAUGAGCUUUUGAACACGGCCAAUGAACUGAGAGCAGGAACUGUCUGGUGUAACACUUGGCUGGCUCGCGAACUGAGCAUGCCAUUUGGUGGAUGCAAGCAAUCUGGAACUGGUAGAGAAGGUCUGCACGACUCUCUUCAUUUCUACUCGGAUGCGAAGACCGUCUGUGUUAAUCUUGCUUCAAAAUACUGA